UCCACUUUCUUUCGUUUCAAUUUCUUUCUUCUACUUUUCGUCCGCAAAGCAAACAAAGUGUAACCACCGCCUUCUUCACAAUUUUUCCACCACCGCGAACCCUACUCUCCCUCUACAAAUCUCCUCUCUCACUUUCAAAACCAAAGAACAUUGGAAUUUUCACAGCUUCUCUGCUUAACCUAAGGUACCUAACAUGAAAGAAAUUGUUACUAUCCAAGUUGGUGAUUAUGCAAACUAUGUUGGUUCUCACUUCUGGAACUUUCAGGAUGAGCUGAUUGGUUUGGCUGGGGACCCUCAAGCUGAUUCAGUCUUCAAGAAUCAGGAUAUUAACAUGGAUGUGCUUUAUCGUACUGGUGAGAUACAGCAGGGCAUCGAUACAUACACUCCUCGCCUUGUCUCAAUAAACAUGAGAGGCUCCCUUGGAUCUAUGAGUUCACAUGGUACACUGUAUAAGGAGGCUGCUACCACAACAUCAGAUGUUUUAACUUGGACUGGUGGAGUUUCCACCCAAGCCUCUGAACCUCACAAAAAAAAUUUGUUCCUACAAAGUCUUUACGAAGAAGAAAAUUUUAAUAUGGUAAAUACGAUUGGUGGUUCAAACAGUGGCUCUCCAAGUGAGUAUCAGAAUAAGGAUAUAACUGAGGGUCUAGAAAAAGGAGUUCAGUAUUGGACAGAUUACUCAAAAGUGCAUUUCCACCCCAAAAGUCUAUAUGAAUUAAAUGGAGGUUGGACAGAUGUUGAGGAUUUUGACAAUUAUGGAAUUGGAAGGGAUUCUUUUGAUUGGGCUUCACAAGGGGAGGAGGUUAGCGAGAGGCUUCGUUUUUUUGUUGAAGAAUGUGACCAUAUACAGGGAUUUCAAUUUGUAGUUGAUGACUCUGGAGGUUUCUCUGCGGUGGCUGCUGAAUUUUUAGAGAACAUUGUGGAUGAAUAUUCAAACAUUCCUGUCAUGCUGUAUGCUGUCCGUGGUCCUGGUACACGAGCAAGUCGUCAGAGCAGGAAGCGUACAAUUUUAGAGGAGCUUCAUGAUGCUAUAUCAUUUUCAAGAUUAUCACCCUAUUGUAAACUUAUUGUACCUGUUGGUCUGCCCUCUUUAGGUAAAGCUUCAAAAUUCCUCCACAUUGAAGAUGAAAAGCAUUACCACUCAAGUGCAGUUUAUGCUGCUGCACUACACUCCAUUAGUCUUCCUUUCCGAUUGGUACCAGUUGGGCCUACUAAAGAUGCAUGUUCUGCUUCUGGGGCUGUGGAUUUUCAUGGACUUAUACAAAUAUUAUCAGGACAAGGAAGGCAGAAUAUGGUGUCAGUUUUGGAUGUUGCCAUGCCAACACCUGCUUUAACAGGGGGACAGAAUGAACUGUCUUUGUUAGGAAAUUUGCAGUCGUUGACCCCACAUAUUGCUGAGGAUGUUGAAGACAUACAGGCUAUUGAACACUUGACAGUCCAUGGCGCAUUUGCAUCAGUAGAAGGUCGUCGUGCUUCGGUUUGUGAAGUAAAAGAUACAGUGGAUGCUGCUUUUCAACGUGCCAAUACAAGGCCAUUGUUCUACCAUCUAUCUGUUGGUCUUUGUCCCCUGCCUAUUCCCUUGCCUUUUCCAUCAAUCUUUGGAAACCAAGUUGGCAAGCACGGUGAAAUGAUGAGCAGCAAACUGACUAAUUCUUCAUCAAAAGGAUCCCUUGAUGUUCAUUCCAUUCCCAUGGCUGCCAGAUUGCGUUCCACCAGUGCUGUCUUGCCACUUUUGGAGAGUAAACUGCAAAAUCUUCACCGGUAUGGAAUCACGCGAGGAGCAGCCGGGGCAGAGUUACUUAGGAGUUGGGGCUUCGACAAGGAAGAAUUGAAUGAAAUGCAGGAGACGUUGUCUAAAAUGGUUGCUACAUUGUGUCCUCCUCAGUUGUCAUCCGAUUCAGAUUAGAACUCAUACAAAUAUUGUUUUUUUUAAUCAAUUAUAAAUAUUUAUCCAACAUUUUCUUUUACUAUUUA